AUGAGUGCGCUCGAAACUGACACCGAGCACUCAACAUGGGAGAUGAAGAAUAAACAUCAAGUUCGUGAUGCGAUCUCACGUCAUGCCUACAUCAGCGGCCUGAAAGCUGGUGCCGUGACUUCCGUGUUCGCUGCGGCUGCUGUGUUCUCGGCAAACAAGUACUGGCCAGCCUUCCGUAACCGCCUGAACGUAAGCGGCAAGACGGCGUUGAUUGUAUCGCCCUUCUUAGCUGCUUUUACACUUGUGGCCGAGACUCGCUUAAUGCAAGGUGCACGCAAUCCGGACUUGUAUUUGGCUUCAAUUGAUAGCUCGUACAUAGCCCCUACUGAAGACAAGUCACAGCUGAAGCUUUGGCAGAAGAGUGCCAACUUUUUAUAUGACCACCCUUAUCGCACCUUAAUUGGUGUGGGUAUACCAAUAGUAGGUGGCAUAUAUGGUUAUCAGCUUUUGAACAAGGGCAUCUCAGCAUCGCAGCAGAUCAUGCACACACGAAUCUAUGGCCAAGGAGCCGUCGUAGUGCUUCUACUGAGCUCCAUGGCAUUUCAUGACUACAUGGCCAAGCGCGGCAAAUUUGUAGCUGAGGACAAUGAGAAUUGA